GUCCUGCAAGCCAUCAGUGUGGGUUCAUCAGCCUUAGGAUUCCAAAAGCAGCGAAGAAAUGGCAAGAUUAUUUUUGUUUGGUGUCUCCGUCUUGUGCCUGAAAUACGCUGCCUCUAUGACAAUGGACGACAUGGAGUCGCUCCAUAUUUACUAUGAUGACGCUGGUCAGCCAGUCCCGAUGUUGACGAAUGUGUCCGACGUAGUUCCAACCCUCAAGACUCCCAGCGUAAGGUUCGGACCGUUACCUUGCGAAUGUGCAGACCUGAAAUGUGGCUGUUGUGUCAACAUGAACAUCCAACUGUUCAACUUCACCAGAAGAGGUUGUACCAAUUUCACCUAUGAUCCGUAUGAGUUUUCCAUUCGUAUGAACAUGCUGUGGAAUGAGCAAUCCAUCUUCAACAGAAGUAUUUCAGGCAAGAACCCCCCACCUGCAUGUGCCCAGCUACCCCUGCCCGGGCCGUACUUCCCCACCAUGGACCAAUGUGUACGCCUCUUCAACAUCUUCACUCCAGGCCGCAACAUCCAUAUGUGCAUGAACCUGGAGACCCGGAUAGAGAGAGUGCCAGUGUUAGUGCUGCAGUUUGACUGUAUGAAGAUGGGACUGGACGGAGUGUCGUUGCUCAAACCCGAGGAUGAGGGGGGUGUGAUGCCUCAGGAGAUGGAAGAAGGUGCUGCAGUGGAAGGCAACUCUCCGACAGAUGGGAGACCUUCGCUCACAACACAAGAAGCAUCCGACGUCUUUGACCCUGUUGAUCCCGAGAAGAAAAAAUUCAACAUAACAAUAACUGAUGAGAAAAAUACUACAACACAAGCAACGCCCAUGUCAAUAGAUAUUCCGAUAGAUAUAACAAAUUUAACUGGCAGUGUUCCAGAAAAUACUAUGCUUAGAGGUAAAUCGAACAUUGCAAUGAUCAAGUACAGUAUGUAA